GGCUUAAGUUCAUGGUUGAAAUCGUAUGAUUUGUAUGAUGUCUAUACAUAGUGAUACAAGAAUAAUGUCUAUAAAAAGCAAAAAAAUAUAUUUUUAGGAAUAAACUUUUUAUUUUGAUAUUUUGGGAAUGAAGACAUUUCGAUCUCUUGAGAGUUUCAAUUGCAAUCACUGCAUUUCAGAUGCAAAAUAUAAUCAACUUUUAUGAUACUCUUAUUGUUUGAUGAAAAAUGCAAUGUAAAAUUGAUGAUCUACCUGAUGAAUUAUUGGAAUACAUUCUGAGCUUAAUACCACCUUAUAAAGAUCUCCAAGAGUGCAAAUUUGUUUGUAAAAGAUGGUACCGUGUCACCAAAAAUGUAAUGGAACACAAUGAAGCACAUUUUCAAAAGUCUGUUGCUUUUGGAUCUUUACUAUGGAAUUCAUUGCCAUCUACUCAUUGGGCACUCACCAUUGGAAAGAGACAUUCACAUUCCGCAUGUAUAUAUAAUAAUUCUAUGUAUGUAUUUGGUGGUUGCACAGCUACAUGGACAACAUUCAAUGAUUUGUGGCAGUUAGAUUUAGGCACAAGAACUUGGGUUAGACCAAUCACUAUGGGCAACUAUCCAUCACCUAAAGCUUGUGCCACUAUGCUCUAUUAUAACAAAAGUUUAAUUUUAUUUGGAGGCUGGUCUCAUCCAUCACCAUAUCCUUUACAUCAGCAAUGGAAAUUAUUUAAUGAAUUACAUGUAUACUCUAUAGAAUCAAAUAAAUGGACUGCUAUAAAUACAUUAGAAACUCCACCGCCAACAUCUGCACAUUCUGCAACAAUACAUGGGAACUUAAUGGUCGUCUUUGGUGGAGUUUGUAAUGGAUACAGUUCUAAUGAUAUAUGGUGCUUAAAUUUGGAUUUGUAUUAUUGGCAUAAACAAACUACAUCAAAUUUGAAACCUCAACCACGUUAUGGUCAAUCACAAAUUGAACUUGGGGAAAAACAUCUACUUGUACUUGGAGGUUGUACAGGACCAAAUGCUGCUAUGAAUGAUGCUUGGUUGUUGACAAUGGAAGGUACAUCUUGGACAUGGAAAAAAGUUAAUAUGCACAAUACAGAAUGGGCACCAACACGUAUUUGGUGUCAUCAAGCUUGUAAGGUGGGGAAUUAUAUUAUUGUACUUAGUAAAAAUAGAUGUCAAACCAAACCAAGUGAUAUGAGUAUUUCAUUAAGAAAGGUUGCUUGUCAAAGAAGUACUUCACCACGUUUGUGCGAGUCGAAUCUUUUGCAUGAAAGGCAAGAAAAUUUGUCUGCCAUAGAUAGAGAUGAAAAUAUAAAUGGACGACAUGGAGCAUUCUCUAGGUCACAUUCACAAAAUGCACAUACUACAUCGCAUACAGCCAGUAUUUCAAAAACGAUACCAUUUUACAGUGAUAAUACUCUAAGCAUGGCCGCAUUCCGCGAUCAACCUUUGCGUAAUAAUUCAAAUACAGAUAGACAACGUCAAUUGGAAUCAUUAAGAAGAAUGGAAGAGAAAAUUCGCAAUAAGAAAGUACAACCACUGAAAAUAUUUAAAAAAGCCGAAAGCACGUUAUCUAUAUUUGUGUUGGAUAUUACUAAUGUUCUUUCCGACGAUUGCAAUGCGUCGUGGAUCCCUUUAAAACAGGAUGAUCAUUCAGGACCUGAUGAGAGAAUUUUGUAUUCCCUUGUAGUUGGAAAAGGAGAAUUAAUAGUUUUUGGAGGUAUUCGUAAAGAGCAUUCAACAUUAGGUCACACUGAUGUAGAUGAUUCUGUAGUAUAUAAUGAUCUCCAUUUUAUAAAUCCGCCACGAUAUGUUAUUUAAUAUUAAAAAAUAAUUAAUAAUACAGAACCCCCUCUAUUCUGGAAUCAUUUAAAUUCAAUUUUUCUUUUAUUAUUCUCAAUUCCUAUUAUAUUUUAAUGGCACAUGUGCAUAAUAGUUAUGCACUUUGUUUUUGUUUUUUUUUUUUAUAUUUGUUUUUUCAUUUCAUAUAUGAUUACAUAACAUUUAGUUGGUAGCUGUUGGCAUUUUGUUGGCACUUUGUUGGUAGAUAAAAUGUAAUGAAUACUUUAUCAAGUCGUGUAAAAUAGUCGAUUAUUAUUAACAUAUCUAAAUACGGUAUUAAUAAGUUAACGUUUUUAAUAAUAAGAAGAAAGAAUAAUAAUAAGAAAUGUAUUAACAUAUAAUUAUGAUGUAUUAUUAAGACUACAUUUAAACAAUUAAAUCUAUGCAAAAAUCAAUGAAAAUUGUUAUAAUAGUAAAAGAAUUGAAAGUCAUUAAACUAAUAACUUUAAUUUGUAAAAUUAAAUAAAGAAUCAAAUUAUUUUAAAAAUCA